AUGGAAUAUGAAGAGGAUGAUGACAUUUCCUUUGCAAAAUGGAUGAGCAGUUUCUGGGGUCACAGCUUGAUUGAUGAGAAUGAGAAAGAGGGUAGAGGCUACAGGAAACGCCAGACGCGAGCCUUUAGUGAAAGGAGAGCCUCCCUUCCAGCCAAGCUUUCGUCCAUCCAUAUGACAAGACUUCAUGCAUCUACCAAAACCCCAUCUUCAGGCCACUUGAGGGGCUGCAAGGAAUUUCAAGAGGGUCAAGAUGUUAAAUGCCAUUGUCACACAAAGGCAUGCAAAAUAUCCUCACCAGAUGGCUCGGGAUCAACAAGUAGAUCAAACUCGAUCCAGGAAUUUUCAGAAUCCUUUGAGAAGCAACUGCAUUUCAAAAUCAAGCGCUCCGUUUCUUUGGAUGAAGAUUCGGAUCCAUGUGUUAUUUGUCAUGAUGAUCUUCAUACUGGCAGUAUAAUAGAACUUCACUGCAUGCACAGCUUUCACAAAGAGUGUAUCGAAAAGUGGCUGCUAAAGAAACCAACCUGCCCAACUUGUCGCAUCCACGUGCUCAUGUCAAAGUCUAUUUUAGACCUUCAUCAACCAGGAUGA